AUGCUGUGGACAGAGAAGUACAGGCCCAAGUCCACUGACGCGUUUGAAGGACCGGAGCAUCUGAAGAACAUUCUAAGGAACUCCAGUGGAAGAGGGCAUCCAAACCUGCUCCUGUACGGGCCGCCAGGGACCGGAAAGACAACGUUUGCUCACCUUCUGGCAUCCCAAAAGUUAGAGCUCAAUGCGUCUGACGAAAGGGGUAUAUCCGUGAUCAGGGAGAAGAUCAAGGUGUAUGCAUCCACGCUGGGAAAGGACAAGACGGUAAUACUCGACGAAUGCGAGAAUCUCACGUCCGAUGCACAGCACUGUCUAAGGAGAGUUAUUGAGGAUUCUGUGAACACUCGGUUCAUAUUUAUUACAAACUACCCGUCGAAGAUAAUCGGCCCUCUGAGGAGCAGGCUGGUGAGUGUGAAGUUUACGCCGACGGAGAGCAAGAUUCUUGAGAAUAUAGGGAGCAAGGAGGGAUUGGGGUACGACAAGGAGCUGUAUCACAGGAUUCUCAAGCUUUGCGGAAACGACCUAAGGAGGGCGAUCAAUGUGCUACAAGGUGUUGCUCCUUUGGGCAGCUUCUGCAUCGAGGAGGCCGUUGGUGCUGUUCCGCAGAAAACUGUUGACAUGUUUUGGGAGGUGGACAGGCCAAGGGUUGUGGAGUAUGUGAGGGAGUUCUUGAGGGAGGGAUACUCUGCACUGCAGCUAAUUCACCAGCUUGCAGGGUCAAGCAAAGGGAGUGAUGCCCAGUCUGCUGAGCUUCACCUAGCACUAUCUCUACUAGAGGAAAAGUCUGUUUCCGGAUGUUCUGACGAGCUAGUUCUGUAUAAUCUUCUUGGAAGAAAGAUUGAGAUAUUUGGUUGA